CCAACUAUGACCGAGUUAAGCUUCAUCAACAAACCCCAGUCACAACCGAUCAAAUACAAGUCCAUUAUUGACGUUUUCAAUGAGAAUGCGAGCGAGUUUCCGGAGAAGGAAAUAUGCAUCCAGCGUUUUCCUGACGGAUCACGACGUCCGAUAACCUACAGCGACCUGAAGCGGAAGGCAAUGAGGACUGCUUCGUACCUGGUGGGUCAAGGUAUUAAAGUAGGAGAUAAAGUAGGAAUCGCGGGUCCUAACUCUAUAGAAUGGAUCAUCGGGGAGCUAGCUAUCCUCAUGGCCGGCGCCGUUAGUGUUCAUCUGCCUAUGUUCGAAGGGAAUUUCCGGAAGACCCUCGAAGGAAUACAGAUUUCAGAAUGUAAGUCAGUUCUACUUGAUCCAGAGAAUGACGUCAAGUUUGUAAAAGACAUCGAGGAAUAUGUAAGCAACAAUCCGUCAAAUGAAAGAAGUGGAUCAGAUAACCUGGUCUUUGUCCUACUCCGGAAGAUUGGGAAAUCUUUCCUACCUGAUUUGGAAUCAAUGGAAAUAUCAGAUGAACCUCACACAGAGCGGAAACUCCCUCGAAUCUUUCCGGAGACCACGGCCAUUAUUUUCAUGACAUCUGGUUCAACAGGAAAGCCUAAAAUGGUUGAAUGUACACAUUUAGCAUUAGUAAACACGGGAUCCGCUUACAUGUUCACUCGCGGUGUCGGCGAGAAAGGGGAAUCAUUCUUCAACGAUCGACCUUUCUCCUGGAUGGGAGGUAGUAUUAUAUACUGUCUACUACAGGCGGACACAAGAGUGUUUCGGGAUGGCAGGAUAACUGCGAAAGGAGGCGAUAUUAUGGACCUCUGGAAUAUCAUCAUGGAAGAAAAAUGCACCAGUGGUCUUUUCCUGCCGUUCACCAUCUAUGAUAUGCUGCAGAACAAAGAUAAAAUCGCCAAGACAGGAUACCGAAUGAAAUCCGUCAUCACUGGAGGUCAAAUAAUCAAACGUAAAGAGACAGGGAUUCUAGGCGAGGUUUGUGAAAGCUUGUACAUGCUGUAUGGGUCAACAGAGGUAGGCAUAGUGACUUACUGUCAAAUAGACGGACGCAUGGAAACUGGACGUCUUGGGUCCGUUUUCCCUGGAGUUCAAAUAAAAGUUGUUGGUGAAGAUUUGAACACGGUUGUUCGUGGAGAAAUGGGUACACUUUAUAUAAAAUCACCUUGGAUGUUGAAAGGAUACUUCAACGCAACAGAAGAUCAAAAUAAAUCCAUUGUAGACGGCUGGAUGAAUACAGGAGACGUCGGGAUUCUAAGGACAGACGGACAACUCAUAAUCAAAGGGAAAAUGAACAAUAUCAUCAAACGAGGCACUCUAAAAGUGCUAUCGGGGGAGGUUGAAGAAUGCAUAGCCACAAUUGCAGGCGUGAAAGAUGCUGUUGUCAUCGCCGUUCCAGAUCCCCGGUUGUAUGAAGAGGUUUGCGCAUGCGUUGUGUUAGAUAAACAUGCAUCAGUUACCAUACAGGAUGUUCGGACUCGCUGCGCAGAAAACCUUGGCGACAAUGUCGUAGGACAAGCCCCUACAUUUUAUCUCGAGUUUGAUACACUGCCACAACUAGGAACGGGAAAACCGGACAAGGUCAAAAUUAAACAGGACGCAAUGAGCAGAUUGGGCAUCAAUACUCAAUAA